AUGAACAUCGCGCAGGUCGUCCGGCAGGGCGCAUUCAUUGACAUGAUGCACGAGCUCGGGUUGACCAAGCGGGGCUACUUUAACAACAGCGACGACGAGCGUGCAUUUGUGCACACGACGGCGCGUUACCAUGAGCUCGACGUGGUGAAUUUGUCGCGCUCGUUAUUUCUUGUGCCGACGCUCGAUAUUGACUUUGUGUGGCAUUCUCACCAGCUUAUGGGCAGUCGCUAUGAGGAAGACUAUGCAUUAUGUCAAGGGCCAUUUGGAUCAGUACGCUCGAUGUUCCCGUUCUAUUUGCUGAUACAGUAUCAUCGGCUGCGCAGUGACAAUAUGGUCAAAGAGGACUGGCUAGCCAUGUCCCUCGACAUGCAUGGUAGAACGGCCCCGACGCGAGACUCUGCCCGCCUCGUCGUACAGACGCGUUCUCCGCGACGCAUGCAGGAGCGGGCAUAG